AUGACGUCACCGGCGGCCGCGCGAAAGCCCCGCCCUCCCCGCGGCGCACUCCGCGCUCCCAUUGGCUGUGUUGGGGUGACGUCACCUCGGGGGGAAAGCGGAGCGUGCCGGGAUGGCGGGGAGGUUUGGCCGGGCAGGGACAGCAAAGCCCAGCUCAUCCCGCCCCUGCCGUGGCAGGGACACCUCCCACUGUCCCAGCUGCUCCCAGCCGCAGUGUCCAACCCGGCCUUGGGCACUGCCAGGGAUCCAGGGGCAGCCACAGCUGCUCUGGGCACCCUGUGCCAGGGCCUGCCCACCCUCACAGGGAACAAUUCCCAAUUCCCAAUCUCCCAUCCAGCCCUGCCCUCUGGCACUGGGAGCCAUUCCCUGGCUCCUGUCCCUCCAUGCCUUGUCCCCAGUCCCUCUGCAGCUCUCCUGGAGCCCCUUCAGGCCCUGCCAGGGGCUCUGAGCUCUGCCUGGAUCCUUCUCCUCUCCAGGUGCCAGCACCCACGGCCAGGCCAUGUCCAGCCUCUCAUCCAGCAGCAUUCCCAGCGUGAGCUGGAGGGGGUGGCUCAGGCACUGACCCAGCACGAGGAGCCCAAGGACCUCCUGCACCUGGUGUGUUUGCAGUGGAGCCCACGGCAACCUGGACAUGGGGAAUUCCUUCACAGCUCCUGCUCUUCCCACACAGGGGAGCAAACUUCCUUGCAAGAGCCAGGCUGUGGAACCAGCCCUGAAGGCACUGGAAAUGCUGGAGAUGCCCCGUCACAGGUUUUGCACCGACCCAGUGCUUCUCUCACGCUGAAUCCCGAGCUGUCCCAUGGCAGAGAGCACGUGAGAGGAACAAGAAAGGCAGCUCCAUGUUCCUGAAACAGGGACUUCCCCCUGGUUUCUGUUCCAGCCAGCCCGCUGCGAGGAGAAGGACUCAGUCAGCACUUCCAGGUGACAGGGAGGACACAAAGGGCACAAGGAGCUUUGGCAGCAGCUCUGUGGGCCAGGCACAUCUCUGAUUUCUGCACAGUCACCUCAGCUUGGCCAGCACGGGGCACUCAGCUGGGCUCUGCUGAGUGGAUCACCCAGGAGCUCCCUGCCAGUGGAUCACCUGGGCUCCUGGAUCACCCAGG